AUGACGACCUACGAAGAGUUCAUUCAGCAGAAUGAGGAUCGCGACGGUGUGCGUCUUACUUGGAAUGUUUGGCCUUCAAGUCGCAUCGACGCUGGUCGCCUGGUUGUGCCACUUGCUUGCCUAUACCAGCCACUGAAAGAACGUCCGGAUCUGCCACCUAUACAAUACGAGCCGGUUUUGUGUACACGCGCUAACUGUCGGGCAAUACUUAAUCCCCUCUGUCAAGUAGAUUACCGUGCAAAACUGUGGGUGUGCAACUUUUGUUUCCAACGUAAUCCGUUUCCUCCACAAUAUGCAGCGAUAUCAGAGCAGCAUCAACCCGCUGAAUUAAUUCCUGGAUUUAGCACAAUCGAAUAUACGAUUGCACGUGCUCCAUGCAUGCCGCCGGUUUUCAUAUUUCUCGUAGAUACUUGCAUGGAUGAAGAAGAAUUAGAUGCCCUAAAAGAUUCUUUACAAAUGUCGUUAAGUUUAUUGCCUCCCAAUGCCUUAGUUGGGCUUAUCACUUUCGGCAAAAUGAUUCAAGUGCACGAAUUGGGUGCUGAAGGAUGCUCUAAGAGCUAUGUCUUUCGCGGCACCAAGGAUCUAACUGCAAAGCAAGUGCAAGAUAUGUUGGGUAUAGGUAGGCAAACUGGUGGACCUGCAAGUGUACCUGGCCAACCGGGACAGCCAAUGCCGGGUCAACAACGAGUACCAGGUGCCGCGAAUACUGCAGCGCCUGCUGUACCUGCAGCCAAUCGGUUCCUCCAGCCCAUUAGCAAAUGUGACAUUGCUCUGGGCGACUUAUUAAGCGAAUUGCAGCGCGACCCUUGGCCAGUACCGCAGGGCAAGCGAUACUUGCGUUCCACUGGGGCUGCAUUGGCGAUUGCCGUGGGUCUUCUUGAAUGCACUUAUCCCAAUACAGGUGGUCGCAUCCUGACCUUUGUCGGUGGACCUUGCUCCCAGGGUCCCGGCCAAGUGGUCGACGAUGAACUAAAACAUCCAAUUCGUUCGCAUCAUGACAUUCAAAAGGAUAAUGCCCGUUUUAUGAAAAAGGCAAUUAAGCACUAUGAUGCCUUGGCUCUAAGAGCUGCUACCAAUGGCCACUGCAUCGAUAUUUACUCAUGUGCUCUAGAUCAAUGCGGUCUUAUGGAGAUGAAACAAUGCUGCAAUUCUACUGGCGGUCAUAUGGUAUUAGGAGAUUCGUUCAACUCGUCACUUUUCAAACAAACAUUCCAACGAGUGUUUGCACGAGAUGCACGCGGGGAUUUGAAAAUGGCAUUCAAUGGCACACUGGAAGUGAAGUGCUCGCGCGAGCUAAAAAUCUCGGGCGGAAUCGGCUCGUGUGUGUCGCUGAAUGUGAAGAGCUCGUCGGUGUCGGAUGUGGAGAUCGGCAUGGGCAAUACGGUGCAAUGGAAGAUGUGUACACUGAAUCCAAGUUCCACGACGGCAUUCUUUUUCGAAGUGGUUAACCAGCAUGCAGCCCCUAUGCCACAGGGAGGACGGGGAUGUAUUCAGUUCAUAACUCAGUAUCAGCACGCAAAUGGACAACGUCGUAUACGUGUAACGACAUUGGCAAGAAACUGGGCAGACGCGACAACUAAUUUACCGUACAUAAGUGCAGGUUUUGACCAAGAAGCGGCAGCAGUUAUUAUGGCCCGCAUGGUUGUCUACCGCGCUGAAACAGAUGAAGGGCCAGAUAUAUUGCGUUGGGUGGACCGACAGCUUAUUCGUUUGUGCCAGAAAUUUGGUGAAUAUAGCAAGGAUGAUCCGAACAGUUUCCGCUUGGCGCAAAACUUCAGCCUUUUCCCGCAGUUUAUGUACCAUCUGCGCCGUUCGCAAUUCUUGCAAGUCUUCAACAACUCGCCGGACGAGACCACAUUCUAUCGGCACAUGCUUAUGCGCGAGGACCUCACCCAGUCGCUAAUUAUGAUACAGCCAAUUCUAUACAGUUACUCCUUUAAUGGUCCUCCAGAACCAGUGUUGCUUGACACAUCGUCCAUACAGCCCGACCGUAUUCUGCUGAUGGACACAUUCUUCCAGAUUCUUAUUUAUCACGGUGAAACAAUCGCACAAUGGCGAGCCCUCAAGUAUCAAGACAUGGCGGAAUAUGAGAACUUCAAGCAGCUGCUGCAAGCACCAGUGGAUGAUGCUCAGGAGAUUUUACAGACACGUUUUCCCAUGCCGCGUUACAUUGAUACCGAGCAUGGAGGAUCGCAAGCUCGUUUCUUACUUUCCAAAGUAAAUCCUUCGCAGACGCAUAACAACAUGUACGCCUAUGGGCAGUCACCAAUCGGCCAGUCUACGGAUGGUGGUGCUCCAGUGCUGACUGACGAUGUAUCGCUACAGCUUUUUAUGGAGCAUCUUAAAAAGCUUGCAGUCUCCUCAACAACUUGAAUCGUAAUUCUUUGGAUGCGUUUAUCGUUGUAUUACUCAAAGUUUAAGGCGCUGAUCAAUCGGUUUUUAGGAAUACAUAAGUAAUGCUGCAGCAUUUGUCGACAUAAAUAAUUACGAUUGUAUCUAUAAAAACAUAUGUUUAAAUAUAUUAUAACAUUCAAAU